UUCUGUCACUAAAGAGCAGGAGGGCGGGCUUAUCACUGGUUAGUUUAGGCAGGUGAGCAGGUGCACACUUUGGAGACAGGUAACAAGGAUAUUCCCAUCAGCACAGGACCGUUGGGUGCCCUGCCGUGACAACAUAGCCCGGAUUUCAGGGGCAGAAUGGCCAACUUCAAAGGACAUGCGUUACCUGGUACAUUCUUCUUGCUGUUUGGCCUGUGGUGGUCCAUCAAGUACAGUUUUCGACAGAAGCGCAGAAAAGAGAGGCUUGGAGACAGAGACAAUCAAACCCUGACUCUGCUCUUUAACCGAAUAGACCUUAUCGAAGGGGUUCUAAAGAUUUUCUUCGCAUUUGUUGGGAUCAUGGCCGAGCAGUUUGUGCCUGACGGUCCUCAUGCUCACCUUUACAAAGACGGUUGGGUGAAGCUGAUGAAUUGGCAACACAGCACUAUGUACCUGUUCUUCCUCAUCUCCGGCAUUGCAGAUGUUCUCAGUGUCUCCUCUCUGCCUGUCCCAGUUGGUCUUGACCGCCUCUCACUUUCAUUGGCUCUCUUUGUUGAAGGGUUCCUUUUCUAUUUUCACGUGCACAAUCGGCCUCCUCUGGACCAGCACAUCCACUCUCUGCUUCUGGUUGCGGUGUUUGGCGGAGCAGCCAGCACACUGCUGGAGGUGUUCAAGAGAAAUAACCCAGUGUUGGAGCUUCUCAGAUGCAGUUUGGCCAUCUUGCAAGGCACCUGGUUCUAUCAGAUUGGAUUUGUGCUGUAUCCUCUGAGUGGACCCCAAUGGAACCUGGAGGAACAUGGCAACAUCAUGUUUAUCACCAUGUGCUUCUGCUGGCAUUAUGCCGUGGCUCUGCUGAUCGUGGGAUUCUUCUACUGCGUUGUUUUUUGGUUUUCAAACUGGUGUGCAGGAAGGCAGAUGGGCGACAUGGAGUUGGGCCUCAGAAAAUCGACUUUCUCCAAUUCUAGCACCCAGAAAGCUUUGCUCCAAGAAUCAGAUGAAGAAUAGGUGGCUUCAUUCACUUUGAACUGUGGGAAAUGGUGAUUUAAAGAAUUGAAUGCACUGCAAGAGGACUUUCUCAAGCCGGUCACCCAAUAUGACCGACGCAAAUUAUUUAAAACCAAAUCAAACCUCUUUCCUGUGUUCAUGACGAAUAUAUUAUUUUAAAUAGACUUUGUAAAUGAAGUGGUUAGCACAUAUGUCAGGAACACCUGGCAUCGUUCUCAAUAAAAUUGCCAAAACCGGUCAUGUGAAAAGAAUCUACGAACUGAACAAAAUAUUCCUCUGGAAUAUCUAAUAAUAUGUGUAUGAAUAAUAUUCCCUUGAAAAUACCUAUCGAUUCAUUUCUAUUUAAUGGAAAUAUAUGCACGAAUGCUCUCUUUGUAGCGUAAGGGAAACAAGGAAACGGCAAGCAUAUUCGGGACUGUUUCGUCAGUUGUCCUUUAUGUAACUGCCCUAAGCGUGUAAAUAAAGUGGUACAAAGUAGGCAAAUAAUUAUUUGCAUAUGAAAUUUAAGUAGAAGCUUAAUACCUAAAUAGCAGUAAGCAACUUGACGUUUUGUUAUAUUUACCUUGACCCAUUCAGUUGCGAGCACGAAACAGCUGUAUCUCAAAAAGCAGAUUUGUUUAGAUCUAUCAUUUAUUUAAGUACACACCAGAUACUGUAUUAACAGUAUUUGUUAAAUUACGCUGCUUUAAGAGAAAAUUAUAUUUCAAAAGCACCAAUAAACAAACUUGCUUGUC